UCCUGAUGUAUCAAACUUCCAGCAUCUUCCUUUUUUUUUUUAAUUAUUUUGUGCGUCGGCACAUAAUUAAAUGCGAGCCAGCCAAGCGAUUGCAAAGAAUCGAAAAAAGGCAUCGACUACACCAGAUCCUUAUUCCCCAUUCUCUUUUUCCUCUUACGAGUUUCCUGGAACCAAACAAAGAAAAAGAAUUCUUCGCAGAGAGAUAAAAAUAAAGAAAUAAAAUUUAUUAUCAUUAUUAUUAAUUUUUUCUUGGGGAAAAAAAUUGAGAGAGAAAAACAGAGAUAAAGAGAAAGAUGAAGAUCACGUCGUUAUUGGUGUUGAAGUGCAACCCGGAAGGAUCCGAUCCGAUAAUACUAGCGAACGCAUCCGAUGUGAGCCAUUUCGGUUACUUCCAAAGGUCAAGCGUCAAGGAGUUUAUCGUCUUUGUUUCUCGAACCGUCGCCAAACGUACCCCUCGCCAGCGCCAGUCUGUCCAGCACGAAGAGUACAAGGUACACGCUUACAACAGAAAUGGACUUGUUGCCUUGGGAUUUAUGGAUGAUCACUAUCCUGUUCGAAGUGCCUUUUCGCUUCUCAACCAGGUGCUAGAUGAAUAUCAGAAAAAUUUUGGGGAAUCAUGGAGAUCUGUGCAAGCUGAUAGCACUCAACCUUGGCCCUAUUUGAAUGAAGCUUUGACCAAAUUUCAGGACCCUGCAGAGGCGGAUAAAUUAUUGAAAAUUCAGAGGGAGUUGGAUGAAACUAAAAUCAUCCUUCAUCAAACUAUUGAUAGUGUGCUUGCACGAGGUGAGAGGCUGGAUAGUUUAGUUGAGAAGAGUUCAGACCUCAGCGCGGCAUCCCAGAUGUUCUACAAGCAGGCUAAGAAAACCAAUCAAUGUUGUACCAUACUGUAAACUUCUAGAGAAAUCAGCUAUGCAUGCAGUGAUGGCAUUCACUUGUUUUAGCCUCUGAAGCUGAUGGUGACUGUGAUUUGUCUAUAUGGUUGAUUGUUUGUUUGAGAGAAUUACUCAUGGUUUUCUCUUUCUGGUUAUGUUUAUUUUGGAUGAAAAGAAAAGGGAAACCAAAAUGUUCACAAAAACAUUUUUCUUGUUAUAAUAAUACUAUUAUCACUUUUACGCUGUCUUCUGACAAAUACUAGUAGAUUUUAUAUCUUAUAUCUCUCUGGAUGUAUGCAAUUCUUCUGUAAUGGUAAUAUAUAAUUCAUCUUGGCAGUAGAAAGUGCUGCCACCUCCU